UAGUUGGAAAAAGGAUUGGGGGGGAUAAAACAGGGGGGGGGGGUUUGUGAUUUCAUGGCCCCACUAAUGUUAUGCACAAAAAAAAUCCGGGGCGGGGGAACAGGUGGAAGGAGGCGGGCGGGGGGACGCCCCCGGGGGCGGAACGUGUGAAUCCGAAAGCAAAAGCGAGUCGCUUUGCCCGUGACUCCGCAGCUCUCGCUUCGCUCCGGGAAAAGACCCCCCCCCCCCGCAAAAAAACAACAACCCUGGUUUGACACCCCCCACCCACCGAGCCAUGGCCAAGACCUGCACCAUCCAAGUCAGCAGUGAGACGCGGAAAAAGAUGACCGACUUCAAAGGCUCCCUGUCCAAAGAGGCAGAAGAAUUUCUCUCCACAUUUUUACCUGCCAAAAUACUUCAGCUGGAUCUGUUUUUGAAGGAAGACAAACUGAAUAUUAAAGAUCUGUCGGUCCUUCGCGCCCCACUGGAUAUCCCCAUUCCGGACCCCCCUCCCAAAGAAGAUGAGAUGGAGACAGAGAAAGAGGAGAAGGAAGCCCCCAAAUGUGGCUUCCUUAAGGGUAACGAGUUCAUUGUGUCCCUUUUGGAUCGGGUCAAACCUGAAAUCCGGGAGUUCCGAGAGAAAUGCAUCUUGGUUGCUACCUGGAUUCAGUACAUGAUUCCCAGAAUAGAAGACGGCAAUGAUUUUGGGGUGGCAAUUCAGGAGAAAGUCCUGGAGCGGAUCGUGGCCUUGAAGACCAAGGCGGAUGGGUUCCAGACUACCAUCGCCAAGUAUUUCUCAGAGCGUGGCGAUGCCGUAGCCAAGGCCUCCAAAGAAACUCACGUGAUGGAUUACCGGUGUCUCGUUCACGAACGAGAUGAGGCUGUCUAUAGGGAAAUCCAGAUGAUAAUGCUCGAUAUCCGUGGGUUUUAUGCUGAGCUGUACCACAUCUUGAGCAAAAACCUGGAGAAACUGACCAAUCCCAAGGGGGAAGAGAAGCCAUCCAUGUACUGAGAUACACUCUCCAGUGGAUUCUGGCAAAUGUCUCUGCCCUUUUCCCCAGUUGCCUCAUAGAAAGAAAAGGGUCUAGGGUAGAGAAAUGUAGAAGUCUAUACAAAAUUGCCUCUGCUGGGUCAGAAACAAACAACAGAAUGAAAUGUGCUACUCCUUUUUUGUUCACAGACUCUGUAAAACUGAAUGAAAUUAAAGGUAUUAAAUGUCA